AUGCCAUCAUGGCUCGGUCCGGCCCCGGCGAGCGACGGCGGGGCGUCCCACUUCCACCGGGCCCCCCGGUCCAAGGAAUAUAAGUCUGACGUGUUAUACUCCAAUGUCUUGUGGCAAGACGUUGUCGUGCUCAACUCGGUGCGUGCCGCUGUGGACCUUCUAGACAGGCGCGGGGCGAACUACUGUGACCGCCCGCGCUUCGUCCUGUUUGAGGAAAUGGGUUGGCGGAAGACUUUGACGUUCUUGAGAUGGGGUCCUGAGUUUCGGAUGCACCGAAGCAUCCUGCAAAAGAGCUUCUCCCGGACGAACAUCGUGGCACAACGCGAGCUGCAACAGAGGGAGGCUUCGACGUUGGUAGAAGGCAUCAUGAAGGAUCCUACGUCUUGGGAAACGGCCUUACGGAGGUUUGCCACUGCGGUGGUGAUGAGCAUUGGAUUCGGGGUCGACGUAAAAAGCGACAGCGACCCCUAUGUUCAGAUAGCUAUAGAUGCGUCAUACGCCCUUGGCCAUGUAGGGGCGCCAGCUGGUACCCUAGUAGACUUCUUCCCCUUCCUAACACAUCUGCCAAACUGGCUUGUCAGAGACCGUUCCCUCGAAUUUCCGAGGGAAUGGAAACGGGCCAUCCAGCGCCUCCACGACGUGCCGUACUCGGAAGUAAAGGCACAAAAGAGCCCGAAGGAAAGCCUUGUCAAAGUCAUGCUGAACUUACAAAGAGAUCAGGCUAAAACGGGAUCUCUAGAGCUUUCGAUGGACAACAUAAAAGGGGCUGCAGGAGCCGUCUACGCUGCGGGGCAGGACACGACAUGA